AUGAAUGGGAGCGCUGGAGAAGUAAGCUAUGCAAAAAGCUCUUCACUUCAGGGAAUCAUCGACGAAGAGAAACUCGAUACUUUUAACAUCCCAACAUAUUAUCCUUCUUCAUCUGAAGUGAAUAUCGAAGUUCUCGGAGAAGGAUCAUUUGCAAUCAAUAAACUGGAGAUUUUUGAAGUGAAUUGGAAUGAUCUUGAUUGCUGGGAAGCUUUGGACAUUGGAUCUGAAAUGUUAAAAUCAUUCAAAGACAAUGGAUACAAUAUGGCACAAUGCAUCAGGGCUGGGAUUGAAUCUUUACUAGUUUGUCACUUUGGUGAUAGUGUCAUUGAAGAGAUUUUUGACGGGUAUAAAAAUAUUUUAAAUGAUUGA